GGAUGGUGGCACUUGUAUAAAAUCUCUACGUGGCUCUCUCUAUUUCUUGUUCAGCUUCGGAGGUUUUUCAAGGGCUUGGUUAAACCCCAGCUCCUUGAAAUUGGUUGUUUGAUUCCCAAACUCUGUUGUGGCCCUGUGAUAGUAUACACUUACAGAUAUCCAAAUUAUAUCACUCAUGGAACCUGCUGGAGAGGACUCUGUGACGGUGGGUAAGGAGGUUGAUGAAAGGGCCUGUGACGAAAACCCAGUUAUAAAGGUUGGAGAUAUUAGUGAAAUAAUUGAAGAACCCCAAACCAGUCAAAACCAGAAGAAGCAAAUUCUGUCCGUAGAGAUGCCCUCAACAACAAGUGAGGGUUCUACGGAGGAUUUUAUCAUAAUAACUAUGCCCCCAACGCCCAAUCAGACUCCUAAAAGAGUGAACUUUUCACCAAGGCCCAGCCCUAGUUUUUACGGAUUCAAUGAUUCUCCGAGUCCAUUGUCAUCAAGACGUAAAUCAUCAAUGAAAAAUCUCCUUCCAAAACUGAGCUUCAAAUUUCGGAAUAGUAACUCAGAGAUAGAGAAGGCUGCUAUCCUAGCUUUGGGGGGUUCACCAAUUGUUUCACAAGAGAAGCCCAUCCAAAGGACAAUGUCUCUCACAAAAAUUUUUGCACCCAAAAUGAAAAGAACUUCGUCUUUACCUGUUACCCCAAUUGAACAUUCGAAUCCAGAAUCUACACAUGGAGGGAACACAAUCAAUUGUUAUGCUAAAAGUGGGACUCAGCUUCCUAUUCAUCGUUCACAGUCAGUUCCUGAGUUGAAUAAAGAUGGAAGCAUAAGGCAGAUUGAUUCCUCAAGUGGUGUAAUCCGUGUGGUUCCGAUCAUUCCACAAGUGGCAGAUGGAAAUCUUGCAGCAUUGACUAUAGCUCCAACAAUAGAUGCUGCUGGAAAUGAUAACGAGGGUGAAGAUAUUCCUGAAGAAGAAGCUGUUUGUAGGAUCUGUUUUGUUGAACUUGGGGAGGGUGCUGACACCCUUAAGAUGGAAUGCAGCUGUAAAGGCGAGCUUGCAUUGGCCCACCAAGGAUGUGCGGUAAAAUGGUUUAGCAUCAAAGGUAACAAGACAUGUGAGGUGUGCAAACAAGAGGUUCAGAACCUACCCGUUACCCUUUUACGAAUUCAAAAUGAUCAGUCCCAUAACCUGCAAGGAAAUACUCGACAAGUUGAAACUGCUCGAUACAGAGUUUGGCAGGAUGUUCCUGUUCUUGUCAUUGUCAGCAUGCUCGCAUACUUUUGUUUUCUAGAGCAGCUUUUGGUUACAAGGUUGGGAUCCGGUGCAAUCGCCAUAUCGCUGCCAUUUUCAUGCAUAUUGGGUCUCCUUGCAUCCAUGACAUCUACAACUAUGGGUAUAACUAUGUUUGAAGUUCAUGUAGUUAUAUAUCCUUUUUCAAGGAUCAGUUUCAAAUCUUUAUACCCUUGUUUCUCUACACUUUUGUGCUUAGUGAAGAGAAAAUUUGCCUGGCUGUAUGCAACUAUUCAGUUUGGACUGGUGGUUCUCUUUGCUCACCUUUUCUACUCACUGCUUCGCAUUGAGGCGGUCCUCUCAGUUGUUGUUGCCACUGUUGCUGGGCUUGGAGGCACAAUGGUCGGGACUCGUGUUCUUCUUGGGCUUUUCAAAGUGAUGGGAAGAAGGCAACCUAGGUCAAAUCGGCAUCAGGGUUCCCAGGAGAUUCCACAGCUGCAUCAGUUGACUGAAACUGCACGUACACCAGAAACAGAUCCUCGACCCGAAACUGAAACCACGGACUCGAGAAUCGAGCGUUUCAGUUGAUUUAGAGUACAUGCAUGGCAAUGCAGCAGCAGAACAAGAAAUGGUUGAAGCUUGAAUACGAACUACAAGGUAUAUAGGAAUUGUUAGCGCAGUCCAGUUUUCUCUUAAGCAUCCAGUGAGAAUACACCCGAAAUAUCGGCAGACGGGGGGCUAUGUUGAAUCUCUAGCUAUAACUCAUGCCUCGUUAAGGCACUAGGAACGCAACCAUUGGGUCAAAACAAUUUUAGCCGUUCCAACAAAAUCUGUCUUUGAAGGAGUCCACAUCAUUGUACCUUGUAAUAUACUAGACAUACUAAAAUGGAGGAGCUAACCUCGAGAAUCUAGAGUGCAUUUGUUGCGCCAAUAGAAUGUUUGGAACGAGCUUUGGUGUUCAAGUCAUCAGUGAUGACAAUGUAAAGGUAUGGGCUGAAUUAGGUUAAAUUUGUCUAUUUCUCUUGGAUCGUAUUCUCCUCAA